AUGGCGCCGGCAUCCUCCUGCUCAGGCGGGGAACCCAUCACUCUGGCCGACAUCGGGGCCGAACUGAGGCACAUGACAGCCCUGAUGUUCACAAAAGAGGACCUCCACCGGGUCUCUGACACCCUGCAUGCCGCACUUAAAACAGAGGAGGCAGGCCUGAAAGAUGGCAUUGCGCUCCACAACACACGCAUAGCCGCUAUGGAGCAACGCAAAGAAACCACCGAGAAAAAACUCAAGGCCACAGACACUGCCAUACAACGUCAGGGGGACCUACUGCUGGUCAUGCGGCGGCAACUAGAAGACCUCGACAACAGGGGCCGCCACAACAACAUAAGGGUGCGCGGAGUCCCAGAGGCAGACAGCACAGGGGGAAAUGUGGCAGAAACCCUUGCCCAGCACUUCCGGAUCAUCCUCCGCGAGGAAGCACCAGACCACUUUAGAUUUGACAGAGCGCACUCAGACCACAGACAGCCGACGGAGCAUCCGCGAUAUAAUGUGCUGUAUUCACUCCUACCCACUCAAGGACCAGAUUAUGCAGAAGGCCCGCACCCACUGGACAGGGGCGCAGAGGUAACCCUAUACAACAAGUUGUCACCGCUAACCCUCGACGCCAGAUGUGCCCUGAGACCAGUGACAACAGCACUGCGGGACAGAAACAUUCCAUACAGGUGGGGAUACCCCUUCAGCAUUAAUAUACGUCACCGCCACGCAAUGGUGUCGGCCGAAGUCCAGAAGACAUCCCCACCUUCCUGCAAAAGCUAGAACUACCCAGCAUUACAGUCCAAAACUGAAUACUACACCCCCUGGAGCUCAGGCCACAACCACAGAGACCACCACGCCGCCGAGGCAGAGAAACGUCGGAACACGGCUGGAGGCCAGACCUGGCCCAACCUGA